CCUCUUAGCUCGACUCUGCUCGACUCGACCACCCAAGCAAGCAAGUCAACACGACUCCUUACACUUUCUUCGUUUCUUUUUUAAUUCUCAAGGAACAACCCAUAAGAACAUUCCUAGGAACAGUUCAGACAGCAGGACCAUCGAAUCAUCGCAGCUAUGGCUUCAUAUUCCGAAGCUGAUCAGGUCGCCCAACAACAACAGCAUCAGAACGUUGACGCGAUCUCUAUUACCACUCGACCAGACAGCCAGGAUACAAUAUCACACCUCCACCAGCCUUCAACAUUCUCUCCUCUGGAGCCGACUCUCAAGCAAGAGGACACAACCAGCCACCUAAGAAACGGAUCACACCUCAUUGCCGAUACCUCUGCAGACCAUGAAGACAACGAAGACAGCGAGGCUGACGGAGAUGGAGAUGGAGACGGAGACGCAGACGAAGACGAGCACUCGGACGGUUCCAAUGAAGACCGUGAUGAUCGUCACGACCACAAUGUCAGGACCAACGGGGGAGAGAACAAACGGGAUCCUAUAGAAGAAGACGGCGAGCUGUCACUAUCCUCUGAUAACGAUGAUGAUGAGGAAGCAGCUUCAGGGCACCCGAACGACGAAGAGUACAGUAACCUGCCAGAAGAAACUGUUUGCAGAUGGAAGGAUUGUGGCAAAGUGCUGCCCUCAUUGGCAACCCUGGUGAUACAUUUAUCGGACGAGCAUAUCGGAUGGAAGAAAACGGCAUACACUUGCGAAUGGCAAGGCUGCUCAAGGAGACCAAUUGCUCAGACGACGAGGUUUGCGCUGAUCUCACAUAUGAGAAGCCAUACGAAGCACAAACCGUACGAUUGCCCUGUGCCAGAAUGCGACAAGAGCUUUAGUCGUUCCGACGCCAUGGCUAAGCAUCUCAAAUGCCAACACGGCGAUGUGCCUGAGCGGUUCACAGGCCGUAAAUCCAGAGGCCGUUACACCAUGAAAGACCCCGCCGCAUCCUCGACUCUCCUUCCUUCAUCCUCCUUCGGCGCCAAGAAACGGCGGCACCACGGCUCCGACGCCGAGCAAUCAGCUUCAACCUCACGUAUGAACCCCGCCAAAGUCCGGAAACUCAAUGAUGGUCGGCUAGAGGGAGAUCAUCGACAUUAUCACCCAAAAUUCGCGGAUAGCCUAAUAUUACACCAUCUGGAUCAGUCGAGAAAGGGAGGCCGUCGACAUCAUAAGGAUCAUAGUCAUCAUCAUGACCGCGACCGCGACCGCGACGGACAAAACUCGGAAGGGGAAGGGCAGGAGGGAGAAGACGAGGAUGCGGAGGAUUCAGAUUUCGCGGACGAGAAUGGACAGACCCCGCGGCAACGAUAUGGAGUUCUGAAGGCCAAGUUCCGGUACAUUCAUAAUGAAAGGGAUUCGUUGGAGGCGGAGUAUGAGGAUUUGAAGAAGAAGUUGACAAGAUUGAGGACCGAGAGAGAGCUGUUGCUGGAUGCGUUGUUGACGAGUGAUCAGCAGUAUCAGGAUCCUGCACUAGAUGCCAUUGACGACAGCGAAUGA